AUGAGCAAGCUGCUGGAAUAUGGGAGGAAAGCAAUGUUCUAUGUGAGAGUCCUCUCAGGGUAUGAAGAAAGACGAAUCCGGAAUUAUAGGUUGCAACUCGAAAAGCGUAUCCUGCAGGCCCAAGAAAAGAAAGCAGAGAUAUAUAGACUCCCUGAGAAGAUUGUAUUAUCUGAAAUCCGCCGUAUGGUAGACGAGAUGCAGAAUUUGAAUAAGCAGAUUGAGAAUACGGAGGCUCAGAUUGAAGACUACUUCAAACCGAUAGACAAGCAAGCUGGUACCGUAAUGGAGGUUCAGCUCGAUUCCGAGAAGAAAACCAUGGGGACUAUGAUGACUGCAACACAGGCGGAAGCUAUAAAAAAGAUUGAAGAAGCUGAGAGACUUGCUCGGGCAGAGGCAAACACGGGAGACAAGACCCAAGAUUCAGCCAUUGAAAAAGCUCAAGCAAGGCAAAAACGGGAGACAAGACCCAAGAUUCAGCCAUUGAGAGUCUCUGAGCACGUCCAAGGUUCAGAUUCUGGUAGUUGA